AUGGAGCUGGAGGCCGAGAACGUGAAGCUAAAGGAGACGCUACAAGCGCUGCAGGCGCGCUACGACCGCUUAGAUGCCACCACUACCAAGAAAAUUCAAGAUCUGACGGACGAGAUCGAGCUGCUGGCCGAAGCCAAUCGUCUACUCUUCGAGAAGCAGGCGCAGAAUCCUCCGACGUCCUCCAAAGACGCUCCGAGUCUUCUCCAGGUGCCUGACGAGCUGCUACUACCUGGUCCAUCGCUGACAAUCCGCCCACUAGUGACAUUGGAUAAUGUUCACUCCUUUGGGAACUUGUUGAGUGUCAGUGCACACGCCACGAGGCCCGAGAUCGUCAUCACAGGAGGAGCCGACAAAUGCGUGUGUGUACACGACUGGAAAUCAGGCCAGAAGCUCUGCGUGGUGGAGACCAGCGCUCCAGUGCUGGCUCUAGCGUUUAACCCUAAGAGUGAGCUAGCAGACUACUUUCUAGCUGCAGGGAUGGACGCGAAACAUGCACUUUAUAGACUAGAACACCACGAAGAGCAGUGGAGUGUGCGCUUGGUGUGCGAGCUCCACGAUCAUAGCCGACAUGGAGCAUUCAAGCUUGCGUGGAGUGCAAAUGGACUGCUCUUUGCUACAGGAUCAAGUGACAAGUCGCUGAAUAUUUACAAGUGCUCGCAGUUAAAUGGAGACGGUGAACAGGUGGAGAAGUUCAAGUCGUUCUACUUUAACGGAACAGUGGAAGCGAUAGCGUUUACUCCGUCGGAGUCAGAGAACAAUGAGCUACUGGUGGUUGCAGUGAGAGAUGACUGCUACGUGCACUACGUCGACUGCUCUACGUUCGAGAAGGAGAGAAUUAACAUGAAUCCGGACGGCAUCGAGCACGUGUCCUACACGAUCAUGGACCUGAGUCUGUCCCCAAGUGGCAAAUAUCUGCUGGCAUCCACGGAUUCCAACCGCAACUUUAUCUUCUCGAUCAAGCGGAAUGUGGCCUUGAGGAGCUUCUAUGGACACAAGGCUGGACCUUAUAGUCAGCCGCGUGCUGUGUGGCAUCCAUCCGAGAAGUACGUCAUCUCCAACAACGAAGAAAACGGCACCGUCUUUGUGUGGUCCAUCGCUUCGGAACAAGUCGUGGAGUCAUUUGACGCGCACGACGCGUUGGUGCGAGACCUCGUGUGUCCGACGCCUCUAUCGCCCUCAGGCUCCCCGAUGCUGGUUACGGUAUCGUACGACAAGCGGAUGAAGAUCUGGGAAUCGCCUCUUGCGAAGACAAGUGCCGAGAUUAUGUAG